CAAAAAGCUACAUAAUUUUUAUGAUGUAGCCAAUUUGUACUUUGUGGCUGUGUUAACUAGUGACAACCAGUCCGCAGCGAGGACCUGGACCAUCUCAAGAUGGCGGCUGAGCGGAGGAUGAGGAUGAUAUCGGGUCGGGGCUGUGUGACUGUGUUUCUGGCCGUGUUGUGCACCUUCUCCUCCGGGACCUGCUACGAACAGGUGCCGUUGAUGCUAUGGACGAGUGAAGGGUCUGGUCUGCCGUCUCAGGCGGUUCCUGCUGCUGGUCACGUAGUGGGUUUCAGUCAGCUGAGCUCAUACCUGGAGACCGCCCUGGGGUCCGCCCCGCGCAACGUACUGCUCUUCCUGCAGGACAAGAUGAGCAUUGAGGACUUCACCAUGUACGGAGGGGCGUUUGGCAACAGGCAGGACAGUGCCUUCCCUAACCUAGAGGAGGCGCUCCUCUCCAGCCCUUCCCCAUUGGUCCUGCCUGCCGUGGCCUGGCCAGCAUCCAGUGCUGUGAUUGGUCAGCUCCAGGAUCAAUUAGACACCUCUUCUCUCUACAUGGAACCAGAGACCCUCAGCCAGCUACGACUAAAUGCUUCUACCCCCGCCCUGCUAGUCUUCAGACUACCCUACAGCACCAAGGCUGAUCUGAUGUCUGCUAAGGAAGUUCUCAAUGGAAAUGAUGAGGUGAUUGGACAGGUGAUGAGCAUUAUGAAGAGCCAAUCAGUCCCCUACACCGCCAUCUACACUGCAAUGAGACCCUCACGGGAGGUGUCAUCAUCUCUGUCUAUGGAUAUGGAGGCUGGUGUGGGAGGAGGGCGCUCCCUAUUACAGUACGGAGACAGAAAGAGGGAGAGAGACAGACAGCGGGAGAGAGAAAGAGGACAGAACAAAGUCAACGAGAGGACAGGAGUCUACCCACCAGUGGAGUUUAAGGAGGGCGGAGCUGGCUGUAUCAUGCUGUGGGCGGAGAACCUGACAGUGAGCGUGCUCCGAGGCGGUCGCUGGGAACGACACGACCUCACCUCUCUGACCUUUGGAGAGGGCGUGACCCCUAGGCUCCAGGGCUCCCUCUGCAACCAAUCACACUCCAGUCUGGUUCUAAACUAUGAGAAUAUUCUGGGACAUCGCUCGUUCAAACUAGUCUUUGCCAUGUCCCAGCGUCACUACAAGGUGUCAGCUCGCCGCUGGUUCACGCUAGACAGCGUGGAGAUAGAAUACGACGGUCAGAAAGCAUCGUUUACGGGAGCGGACUGCACGCACGGCUGA